GAGAAUAUUAUGACAUUUGUGAAGAACGAGCUGAAGAUGUUCAAGAGGAUUCUUAGUCCAGAACUCCCAGAAGGCUUUGAGAGUCAGAAGCAGGAUAAGGAAGUGGUGGAUGCUGAAGAUGAGAAGCAGGAGAGCAGUGCCAGAGAGGGGGCUCUGAAGAUCACACUGCACAUCCUGAGGAAAAUGAAUCAGAAGGAGCUUGCUGACACACUGGAGAAAAAUGAGCUUGCUGUGAUUUGCCAACGUGAACUCAAAUCUAAUCUGAAGAAGAAGUUUCAAUGUGUAUUUGAGGGGAUCGCUAAACAAGGAAACCCAACACUUCUCAAUAAGAUCUACACGGAGCUCUACAUCACAGAGGGUGGAACAGGAGAGGUCAAUAAUGAACAUGAGCUGAGACAGAUUGAGACAACAACCAGGAAACAAGGAAGACCAGAGACUGCAAUCAAAUGUAAUGACAUCUUCAAACCGUUAACUGGACAAGACAAACUUAUCAGAACUGUGCUGACAAAGGGAGUCGCUGGCAUUGGAAAAACAGUCUCUGUGCAGAAGUUCAUUCUGGACUGGGCAGAAGGAAAAGCAAAUCAGGAUGUCCAAUUUGUAUUUUCAUUCCCUUUUCGGGAGCUGAAUUUGAUGAAAGGGGAAAAACACACUUUGAUUGAACUUCUCAAUCACUUCUCAAUGGAAACCAAAGAAUCAAGAAUCUCCAACUACGACAAGUACAAAGUUCUGUUCAUCUUUGAUGGUCUGGAUGAGUGCCGACUGCCCCUAGACUUCCAGAAAAACAAGAUCUGUUGUGACAUCACAGAGUCAACCUCAGUGGAUGUUCUGCUGACAAAUCUCAUCAAGGGAAAUCUGCUUCCCUCUGCUCUCCUCUGGAUAACUACCCGACCUGCAGCAGCCAAUAAGAUCCCUUCAGGGUGUGUUGACCAGGUGACAGAAGUACGAGGGUUCAAUGACCCACAGAAGGAGGAGUAUUUCAGGAAGAGAUUCAGUGAUGAGGACCUGGCCAGCAGAAUCAUCUCACACAUAAAGACAUCAAGGAGCCUCCACAUCAUGUGCCACAUUCCAGUCUUCUGUUGGAUUUCUGCAAUAGUCCUUGAACCCAUGCUGAAACAUAAGAAAGAAGAGAUGCCCAAGACUCUGACUGAGAUGUACACACACCUUGUGGUGUUUCAUACCGAACAGAAGAAUGAAAAGUAUCUUGGGAAAGAAAAGACAGGUCCACACUGGAAUAAAGAGAGCAUUCUGUCACUGGGAAAACUGGCUUUUCAACAGCUUGUGAAGGGUAAUCUGAUUUUCUAUGAAGAAGACCUGAAAGAGGCUGGCAUUGAUGUCAAUGAAGCAUCAGUGUACUCAGGAUUGUGCACACAGCUCUUUAAAGAGGAAUGUGGGCUGUACCAGGACAAGGUGUACUGCUUCGUGCAUCUGAGCAUUCAGGAGUUUCUGGCUGCUGUGUAUGUGUUCCUCUCAUUCAUCAACAACAAUGAGAAUCUAAUGGCCAAACCACAAUCAACGGUCAUGAACUUUUAUGUGAGGAUCAAAAGUAAAGUCACUGUCUACAAGAGUGCUGUGGAUAAAGCCUUACAAAGUGAGAUGGGAAACCUGGACCUUUUCCUCCGCUUCCUUCUGGGCCUCUCACUGGAUUCCAAUCAGAAGCACUUACGAGGUCUUCUGACAAAGACAAGAAGCAGCUCACAGAGUCAUGAAGAAACAGUCAAGUAUAUCAAGGAGAAGAUCAGGGAGAAUCUCUCUCCAGAGAAGUGCAUCAAUCUGUUCCACUGUCUGAAUGAACUGAAUGACCAUUCUCUAGUGGAGGAGAUCCAAAGCUACCUGAGAUCAGGAAGUGUCUCCAGUGAAGAACUCUCACCUGCACAGUGGUCAGCUCUGGUCUUUGUGUUGCUGACAUCAGAAAAGGAGCUGGAUGUGUUUGACCUGAAGAAAUACUCCAGAUCAGAGGAAGGUCUUCUGAGGCUGCUGCCAGUGAUCAAAGCCUCCAGAGCUGCUCUGCUGUCAGGCUGUGGAGUCACAAACAAAGGCUGUGCUUCUCUGGUCUCAGCUCUGAAGUCAAACCCCUCACACCUGAGAGAGCUGGAUCUGAGUAACAAUGACCUGAAGGAUUCAGGAGUGAAGCUGCUCUCUGCUGGACUGGGGAAUCCCCACUGUAAACUGGAGACUCUGAGACUGUCAGGCUGUCUAGUCACAGAGGAAGGCUGUGCUUCUCUGGUCUCAGCUCUGAGGUCAAACCCCUCACACCUGAGAGAGCUGGACCUGAGCUACAAUCACCCAGGAGACUCAGGAGUCAGACUGCUCUCUGCUAGACUGGAGGAUCCACACUGCAGACUGGAGAAAUAUGCAUUUGAUCUCACACUGGACCCAAACACAGUAAACAGACUCCUCUCUCUGUCUGAGAAGAACAGAAAGGUGACAUGUAGGAGACAGGAGCGGCAGUAUCCUGUUCACCCAGAUAGAUUUGAGGACUGUGAACAGGUGCUAUGUAGAGAGGGUCUGACUGGGCGCUGUUACUGGGAGGUAGAGAGGAGUGGGAGAGGGGCUGUUAUGGGAGUGACAUAUAAAGGAAUCAAAAGGAGAGGAGGGGGUAUUGACUGUGGGAUUGGAUACAAUGACAAGUCCUGGACUCUGCUCUGCUCUGACAACAGUUACAAGGCCUGUCACAAUAAUAAUCACACGACCAUUGACAUCCCCUCCUCCAGCUCCCACAGAGUAGGAGUGUAUCUGGACUGGCCAGCCGGCACUCUGUCCUUCUACAGAGUCUCCUCUGACACACUGACCCACCUGUACACAUUCAACACCACAUUCACUGAGCCCCUCUAUCCAGGGUUUAGGGUUUAUGAUGUUAACUCCUCAGUGUCCCUGUGUCAGAUGGUCACUGUGUCAAACACAACAUGAUGUUUCACUCUAAUCAUGUGUUUUAUGUUUGAUCACAAUAUGACAUUUAAAUACAUGGAGUAACACAAACCAGUUUGGACCAGUUUAUUCCUUUAAAUAAUAACCAUGGUAACUCUGUGUCUGUAUCUUUCUGUGAUCCUGCGCCCUGUGAGAACACACACACACUGUACACACACACACUGG